AUGGCCGUCUCCCAAGCAGCAGCCAAAGCCGAGCAGCAACUCGGCCACGGCGACAACGCCGUCACCGCCCAAGACGUCACCAACCCGGGCCGCGACCGCGCCGCCUAUGGCGACCCCUCCGAGACCAUGAAGGCCCUCGCGUGGAUGGGCAAGAACACCGUCGAGAUGAUCGAAACCCCCAAGCCCAAGAUCAUCGAGGACCGCGACGUCAUCCUCAAAAUCACGGGCAGCACCGUUUGCGGCAGCGACCUGCACCUGCUGCACGGCAGCGUCGUCGAGCUGGAGAAGGGCGAUAUCCUAGGCCACGAGUUCUGCGGGAUCGUGGAUCAGGUCGGAAGUGCUGUGAGUAAAGUGAAAAAGGGCGAUAGGGUGGUGGCGAGUUUCCAGAUCGCCUGCGGGGACUGCAUGUACUGCAAGAAGAAGAUCUCGUCGCAGUGCGCGAGGACAAACGCCAACACGAUCGAGAACGCAAUGUACGGCGGUCGCACGGCGGGCAUGUUCGGGUACAGCCAUUUCACCGGCGGCUUCGCCGGGGGUCAGGCCGAGUACACGCGCGUGCCGUACGGGGAUGUCAACUUGCUCAAGCUCCCCGACGAUGUGCCGGAUGAGAAGGGUCUGUACCUCUCCGACGUCAUCGCCACGAGCUGGAACUGCGUCGUCGACACGGGGGUGAAGGAAGGCGAUGUCGUGGCCAUCUGGGGCGCCGGCCCGAUCGGCCAGAUGUGCGCGGAUUUCUCCUUCAUCAACGGCGCUAGCCGCGUUAUUAUGAUCGAUCAAAACUGGCGGCUGGACUACGUCAAAGAGAAGUACCCCAAGGUCGAGACGGUCGACUUCUCGCAGCUCAAGGGGCAAAAAGCCGUCGUGAGCAAGAUGAAGGAGAUGUGCGACGGUCACGGCCCGGACGUCGCGCUCGAGUGUGUCGCCGGCGAGUACCCGAAGGGCUGGCUGCACACCAUCGAGCUCGCGGCAGGUCUGGAGACGGAUACGAGCGAGAUCCUCAACGAGAUGAUCGAGAGCGUGAAGAACUACGGUCGUGUUGGGAUCACUGGUGUGUAUGUGGGCUAUACCAACCACUUCAACAUCGGCUCGCUGAUGGAGCGCGGCAUCCGCUUCAUCGGCAAUGGUCAAGCGCCUGUGCACCUCUACUGGGAGGACCUGCUAAAGCGGAUCCAGAAGGGUGAGAUUGAUCCGUUGAAGAUGGUGACGCACCGGGUUAAGGUGGAGGAUUUGGAUAAGGUGUACUAUAAGUUCCAAAAGCGGGAGGAUGGGAUGCAGAAGGUGUAUGUGCAGACCAAGUUCUCUGCGCCGCCCUGUGAAGGCUCGCCAGCUUUGACGGAGUACUAG